AUGCCCAGCGCGACGGGCCAAAAUUGGGAGAAGUAUCGGAAGAACUUUGCAGACGAUGAAGAGCCUGAAAAGAAGAUAACGCCUCUUACCGAUGAGGAUAUCCAGGUCCUCAAGACGUACGGUGCGGCUCCAUACGCAGCAGCUCUAAAGAAGCUCGAAAAGCAGAUCAAAGACAAACAAGCAAGUGUAAAUGAGAAGAUCGGCGUAAAGGAAUCCGAUACUGGUCUUGCACCACCACACCUGUGGGAUGUUGCAGCCGAUAGGCAACGAAUGCAGGAAGAGCAGCCUUUACAAGUUGCACGGUGUACGAAGAUUAUCGCCGAUGAGAAGGAUCCCGAUAAGAGCAAAUAUGUGAUUAACGUUAAACAAAUCGCCAAAUUCGUCGUGAACCUAGGGGAACGGGUUAGUCCAACAGAUAUCGAAGAGGGAAUGCGUGUCGGUGUUGACCGAAAUAAAUAUCAAAUCCUGUUGCCUCUUCCCCCCAAGAUCGACCCUAGCGUUACUAUGAUGACAGUCGAAGACAAGCCGGAUGUUACAUAUGGAGAUAUCGGAGGUUGCAAAGAACAAAUAGAGAAACUCAGAGAAGUCGUUGAGAUGCCACUACUAUCCCCGGAACGGUUCGUCGGCUUGGGUAUAGACCCACCGAAGGGUGCUUUGCUUUACGGCCCGCCAGGGACUGGCAAGACUCUAUGCGCGCGAGCUGUUGCGAACAGAACAGACGCGACAUUUAUCCGCGUUAUUGGCAGCGAGUUGGUUCAAAAAUAUGUUGGUGAGGGAGCUAGGAUGGUUCGAGAGCUUUUUGAAAUGGCGCGCACCAAGAAGGCCUGCAUCAUUUUCUUUGAUGAGAUCGACGCUAUCGGUGGUGCGCGUUUCGAUGACGGAGCAGGUGGAGACAACGAGGUUCAGAGAACCAUGCUUGAACUGAUCACGCAGCUGGAUGGCUUUGACGCUCGAGGGAACAUUAAAGUAAUGUUUGCGACCAACAGACCGUCCACGCUGGACCCGGCUUUGAUGAGACCCGGCCGUAUCGAUCGAAAGAUCGAAUUCUCUCUGCCAGAUCUCGAAGGACGUGCCAACAUCCUCCGCAUCCAUGCCAAGAGUAUGUCGGUUGAGCGAGACAUCAGAUGGGAGCUUAUUUCCAGACUCUGCCCGAAUUCGACUGGCGCAGAACUAAGGAGUGUUGCGACGGAGGCUGGAAUGUUCGCCAUCAGAGCCCGCAGAAAGGUUGCCACGGAGAAAGACUUCCUGGCCGCAGUGGACAAGGUGAUCAAGGGCAACCUCAAGUUCAACUCCACUGCCACGUACAUGCAGUAUAACUAG